AUGGAUCUUACUGUAUUCAACUCGUUCCUUAAAACUGCCCAGUUUGUGGGAACGUGCAUUGCAAACCCUUUGAAUAUAUUUUUGAUAUAUCUCAUCUUAACAAAGUCCUCGAAAAAGAUAGGGAACUACAAAUAUCUUAUGAUCUAUGUUUCCAUCUACGAGAUACUUUUCUCAUGCAGUGCUAUUGUAACUGAACCGCUGCUUCACUCAUUUACCACUAGAGUUAUUGUAAUUGUUGACGUUCACAAUUCGAUAUUCAGUCGAGAAAUUUGCUCCAUUCUGGAUUGUCUCAUGUGCGCAAUGUACGGUGUCUCGAUGAAUGUUUUUGCUUUACAUUUUUUAUACCGUUAUGCUACCUUGUUUCCAAAAUCGAAAAAGUUAUUCGAUGGUGCUAGGAUCAUUUUUUGGUUGACGGUACCACAAAUCUACGGAGUUGUUUGGCUUGUAACGUAUUAUGCAGUAUUCCGCGAAUCGCCCGAAUAUACAGAAUUUAUUCGAAAAACAUUAAUGGAAAAUUUGGAUAUCAACGUGGACGAUGUUGUUUACGUGGGACCAUAUUACUAUAUGGAAGACAAAAAUGGCAUUCACGACAUGGAUUGGACAGCCUUCUGGGCGAUGGCGAUUGUCUGGCUUUUAAUUAUGUCAUCUGCCGUCACAGUAUUCAUCUGUGGUUAUGGGUGCUAUAAGAAAAUAACAAAAGGACUAGAGGUUUCCUCAAAUUCGAAACAAACCAAGUCGAUUCAAAAACAACUGUUCUAUGCAUUAGUAGUUCAAUCAGCAAUUCCAUUUCUUCUCAUGUACAUUCCAAGUACAGUAGUUCUUUUCUGUACUUUAAUUCAACUUGACGUCGGAAGUGCAAGCCUAUUCAUAAGUUAUUCCAUUGCAAUAUACCCAGUGGUGGAUCCUCUACCCACACUUUUCAUUGUUCAAAAUUACAGAAACGCUGUCAAAAAAAUGAUCACACGGACUUGGAAUAUUGUGACAAGAAAGAAAGACAUGAAUUCAUCAGCACAGAUACCAUCUUCCAACAAAACCACGGCAUGA